AUUCCUAGAGGCCGGCAUACAAGCAGAGGCAAGACAAGAGGCAUGGAAACUACCUUUCUUUCACAAAAUACAAAACCCAAUUAAUCCAAUCUCUUAUUAUGUUCAAGUAGCAGAGAGGGUAUGAUGAGGAUGAAGUUCAUGAUGUUGGGGGGGUGCAGUGCAGACAGCAACGUGCAGCUUACUUGGCUUAGCUUCUUGUUAUAGUCAGCCUCAGAAAACACGCACGCACAUAAAUUAGCGGACAGUUUCCUUUUGCCUUUUGCUGUUUCACUUUCUUUCUCGUUUCUUCUGCUGCCAUGUCAUUAUUAUUGAAUCGAUGGUGUCGGGGAUGGAGCAACUGGGGUUGAUUGAUUGGAAGUAGCAUUGGUGGUGGAUACGACGUCGCCUGAGACCAGUUUAACGACUCUUUUAUAAGCACGACGAUGACGACGGAAGAGAUGAUGAUGAUGACAAGUUCAAGCAACUUGUUUGAGAACAGCAGCAGUUAUAGCAUGCCCCUGCCCUUGUCAUCCAUCGAAGAAGAAGAAGAAGAGUCUACAAUCUCUGUCUCUGAUGAUGAUGAUGAUGAUGCAGAAAGUCUUUUCUCCAUUGAUUUUAAUUUGAGUCAUAAUAAUAUGCAUAAUAGUUAUAAGGAGGAGGAGGAUGAUGAUAGGGAAGUUUGUUAUUAUUAUUAUUAUUAUGUAGCAGUUGGGAGGAAGAGCGAGUCUAGCAUGGAUGCCCUUCUCUGGACGGUUAACCACGCAGCUACUCAUCAAUCAUCUUCCACUUCACUAGUCAAUGUAGUCAUCGUCCACGUCUUUCCACCUCUUCAAUUCAUUCCUUCUCCAUUAGGAAUGCUUCCAAAAAGUAAAGUGAGCCCAAAGAUAGUGGACAAGUACAUGGUCCAAGAAAGAGACAGAAGGAGAAAACUCCUUCAGAAAUACGUUGAUGCCUGUUCAGCUGCCAAGGUCAAGGUGGAUGUUAUGCUUAUUGAGAGUGAUACGGUUUCCAAGGCUAUCCUAGACCUAAUUCCAACUCAAAACAUCAAAACACUAGUUGUUGGAACCACCAAUUCCAGUAUGAGGAAAUUGAGGUCUAAGAAAGGAAGUGGGAUUGCUAGUCAGAUUCUACGAAAUGCACCUGAAACAAGCUGCGAAAUUCGGAUCAUAUGCAAGGGUAAGGAAGUGAUGGAUCAGGAUCACACGAUUACCAGGUCGAUUUCCUCACGUAGCAGCAAUGCGAAUUCCUUGUCCACGCAAGAGGAAGAUGAUAAUCAAGAACUACCAAUCUCACCAGAUUAUAAUAAGCAAGGGCUGCAUUACACGCGUCCAGCAGUGAAAUCUCCAUCAGCAAUUCCGGACACUACUACUUCUGCUCCACUUGUGUCUUUAAAUGGAUACAAGGCAAUGUGGAGGGGAAAACUAAAACCAAAAAAACAGCUUCAUUUUGCUGUGUAAUGUAACGUUUUUAAAAUUUAUAGAUUGGCAUGUAAUAUAUAUAAUAGUGUAUACUACACAUUAAAUCGACAUGGCACACAUAUUUUUGUUCUUAGGUAUAAAAUGUAUCCACGUCCACUCUACAACUAUGUAUACUGGCACUUAAAUUAUAUGUUGGAUACAGUAUGAUGCUUCUUCUA